UCCUUCCCAUCCCGGUUGUGAAGUGGUUGUUACGAAUAACUGAAUAGGGAGAUUCGCAGCAGCGGAGCGUGAACUCAACGCGUCAUUAAAUGGGAGAUAACAGCGCCACAUCAUCUCCGUCAUCCGCAAAAAGCUCCGCCAUAGAUGACGCGCUUCUCAAGCAAUUCUUCGCUGAGGUCAGCGAAGUUGAGCGCGAUAACGAAGUUAUCAGGAUACUUUCAUGCUUCAAGUUGAAUCCAUUUGAAUACCUUAACCUUUCAUUUGAUUCAUCCAUUGACGAAGUUAAAAAGCAGUAUCGUAAGUUGUCUUUGCUUGUUCACCCUGAUAAAUGCAAGCAUCCCCAAGCAAAGGAGGCAUUUGGCGCCUUAGCUAAAGCGCAACAGUUGUUGCUUGAUCAACAGGAGAGGGAUUACAUUCUGAGCCAAGUUGUUGCAGCAAAAGAAGAAUUAAGAUCAAAGCGGAAGAAGCAGCUUAAAAAAGAUACUGCUAGCAAAUUGAAAUCAUUAGUUACUGAGGGAAAAUAUGACCAAGAACAUGAGCAGUCAGAGGAAUUCCAGCAGCAGCUGAAGUUGAAGGUUAGAGAAAUAUUGACAGAUCAAGAAUGGCGGAGGAGAAAAAUGUCAAUGAGGAUAUCUGAAGAGGAAGGUCGCCUGAAGAAAGAUGAGGAAGAAACAAAAGAGAUGUGGAAAAGAAAACGUGAGCAUGAGGAGCAGUGGGAAGGAACUAGAGAAAAGAGGGUAUCCAGUUGGAGGGAUUUCAUGAAGGGCGGGAAGAAGGCUAAGAAAGGAGAGAUUCGGCCUCCAAAGUUGAAGACGGAAGAUCCCAACAAAUCUUAUGUUCAAAGACCAGUUAAACGAGGUUAACACAUGUAGUCGAUAGUUUUUUAUUGAUACCAUAGUUACGUGAAUCUCAUUCAAAGCUUGAACUGGCUUCUUCACGGUUGUAUAAAGUUGUAUUUGUUGAGAAGCCAAUUAUUGAGCAGCAAACUACGCUCAAAAGUGUAGACCUACAGGUAGAGGGGAGCUUUUGGUAUUUCGUUUGUCAGCGCCCACCUUAUUAGUUCAUCAGACUUCGUCAUGUGAAUCUAGAGAGGAAAAAAAGGAAGAGAGCUGGGAAAAUAGAAAUGCUCGGUAUUCUUUAGCUCUAAUCACGUAGCGGUCUCCUCCUGCGUUUGCGAAAUGUGAACUAAUACUGGAGUGUAUGGUGUAAAUAUAAAAUUAGUAAAAUGUGGGUCCGUAUAUUGCACAAGCCAUAUUCGGUAUUUUACUUUCCUCUAUAA